CAAUAUGGCUGCUUUUAUUCACGGUGCUACGCCUGGCUUCGGACUCGGUUCUGAACCUUCCACGAUGUCAGUCGUGGCAUUCCAGCAGUUCGUCAGUGAUCGUCUGGCCGCUGCUGCCCGAGAAAUCUUCGGGAUGUUUGAACUGACUGUGACCGGGUUGCAGGACGAGGUGGACCGCCAGCGUAAACUGCUGGAUGUGGUGCUCAAACCUUCGGGCACGCUCCCGCCGCAGGAAUGGAGCUCAAUUCCCCAUCGCCAGGAACCAGAUCCUCCACUCACAGGAGAAAAAGAAGGAGAGGAAGAGGACAAGAAGGAGGACGUGCCCCAGUUGGCCUUUAAUAUUGUCUCUGUCAGGAGUGAAGAUGAAUCAGCUCCCUCUUCACAGCUUCCGCACAUUAAAACAGAAGAAGAAGAAAGAGAUGGCCGUACUGGAUCCACCAGCUACUCAUGUUCACUGCCGCACUCUGACCACCAGAGGUCACUCUAUUCUGAAUCUGACACAUCUCACAUUGGAGACUGGGGAGGAACCAGUUGUAAUCCUUCUGCUUCAAACUCAGCGAAGACUCCCGACGUUAGUGAGAAAGGUGAAGGCAAAUCUGUUUACAUCUCUGAACGAGGGAGGACAUAUCCCAACCACUCGCAACACUUAAGGAAAAAAUCAUUUUCCUGUACAGUUUGUGGGAAGGUCUUCUCAAGUAAAGCACAUUUUCAGAUUCACAUGAGAAUUCACACAGGAGAGAAGCCUUUUUGCUGUACGGAGUGUGGAAAAUGUUUUAAUCAGAGGGAAAACAUGAAGAGACAUAUGAGAACACACACUGGGGAGAGACCGUUCAACUGCUCGGUGUGUGGCAAAAGUUUCACAGACAGUGGAGAUGUGAGGAAGCAUAUGAGGAUUCAUACAGCAGAGAAGAGCUUCAGCUGCCCCGAGUGUGGAAAGCUUUUCAAUCAAGCUGCUCUACUGAAAGCUCACCUGAGAAGACACACUGAAGAGAAGCCAUUUGAAUGUCCUCUGUGCGGAAAGUGUUUUCGGGAGAGGGGCAACAUGAAGAUUCACAUGCGAACACACACAGGAGAGAAACCUUUUAGCUGUUCAGAAUGUGGAAAACAAUUUACCCAGAAAAGCAAUUUAAAGACGCACAUGAAAGUGCAUAUGAGAAAUGACGGCUUGUCAUUGACAGCAUCUGCUUUGAGUCUGUUUCCAGGAAACAUUCCAGAUCUCACCAGCUCGCAGUGUUUUAUGUGAGCUGGUUGACAGUAGACACUGCUUCUCAUUGCUGUGUAGACGUAUUGAAGGGCACGCUUCAUUCGGAACCUUGAAACGCUGUCUCACACCAACAGUCUUGGCAGUGGACAAGUGCUAAAAUAAUACUUGACAUUUUUGUUCAGACUGAUUCAAAAUCAUAUUUAACUGAACUUAUUUUCAUAUAACUUAUGAAACUUUGCUCUUUUAGUCAGUGCAGAUAGCAAGAACAGCUUGCUAUCCAGGAAUUUGAAAGAAAACGGUUGCAAACCUGAUGGCCAUAACUGUUACUUCUGCGUUCUAGAUCAUUGUAUAUGACAUAUCAUCUUUGGGAAUUCAUUUCCUCACUGAAAAGUCUGUGCAGUUGUUCUCUUGUGUGUUGAAUAAAAAUGUC